AUGAAGGUAGUGUUGUGUAGGUUGAGGAAUGCAAAGCCAAACAAUAUUGAUAAAGGUGUGAGGGAAGCUUUUGCUUGUCUUGAAUUAAGUUAUGACUUUUUGGCAACCCCAGAAGCCCAGCGGUUAUUGCUAAUAUGUGCUAUGUUUCCUGAAGACCAUGACAUUGUUGUUGAAGACCUUUUUAGAUAUGGAGUGGGAUUAGGCCUAUGCAAAGAUGUAGACUCAUUUGAAACAGCAAGAAGCCAAGUUAGAGCAGCUGUAAAUUAUCUUAUUGACUCCUCAUUGCUGAUGCAUUCUUCCCUAAAGUUCAACGUGGAUGCACCAGAAUAUGUGAAAUUGCAUGAUAUGGUUCUUGAUGUUACUUUGUGGAUAGCAUUUAAAAAAGAUGGAAGAUGCUCACAGUUAGAAGAGUUAUAUGUUCCCAGACAUUCUCGACGCUCAAAAAAUGCAAAUUGCUACGAAUACCUUAUGGGCCCCACUGCUUUGAUGUAUUUGAGAAGGUAUAAUCUAGAAAUUAGGAAGCAUGGCAGAGCCUUUGUAUUUAAGGGUGAACAUACAAGAUCUUUACGCCUGGGUCAGUUAAAUAUCUCUAUAUUGUUACCCACAAUAAUCAAGCAUCUUGCACAAAGAGCAACGAAAAUUGUAUUUUAUGAGCUUGAAGGAGGCAGCAAAAGUUUCAUGCCUGAUAUAAUCCAAGCUGUAAGGGGCAUGAAGGAGUUAAGUAGACUCUGUCUUCAAAGAUGUUCAAAGAUUGAAUGCAUUAUUGACAAAACUACUCUUCAUGAAGAUGCGGUUGUCCUCAAAUUGAAUGAGUUGGUGCUAAGAGACAUGGAUAAUCUUGAACGACUAUGUCGUGGUCCUUCUCCUUUUAGCUUGUUCCAAAAGUUGGAAAGAUUAACCAUAUUCAAUUGUCCUCAUUUGCUCCCCGUAUUCCCGGCUGAUUGCAACUUAGGCAAUCUUAAGGUUCUCAAAGUUAACAAGUGUCCACUGUUAACAUAUCUCUCCCCUGUCUCUGCUGUUUGCACGCUACUAUCCUUAGAGGAGCUCCGAAUAAAAUGUUGCAAUGAAUUGAAGCACAUAUUAGAAGAAGAUGGUGGUGUUGAUGCAUGGGUGAGUUUGAGAUUCCCAAAAUUGAAAAUUUUGUAUGUUAGGAAUUGCUGCAAUUUAGAAUCUGUGUGCCCAGUCUUUUUAGCUCGAAGGUUUGUACAAUUGCAAGAGCUAUCCAUAGUAAAUGCUCUACAGAUGAAAUCUUUGCUAGGUGAAAAUGCUGGUGAAGAAGAACCAAUGCUUGAUCAAGAUGAGACUCAGAUAGUUCUUCCUCUUUUGGAAUAUCUCAACCUAAAAAAUCUUCCAAAUCUUGUCCAAAUUUACUCAGAGAGGUAUCAUCCAAGGUGUCCAUCUAUAAAGACAAUAGAAUGGAGAGACUGCCCAAAUAUGGGACUUGAAAGGAAGUAUGCGUUGAAAGACAGCCAAUUAAAUAAUAAUGAGGCUUUCAAUCUUUCGCUCCCUAUUCUAUAUGCUGGAGAGCUUGAUACUCAAAGUCCUAGAGUUGAACAUAAGUGGCAAGUGAUUGGUGAUGAUGAGCAAGAAGAAACCAAUGACUCAGAAAUGUUGAGGUCAAAACAACAAAUUCUGGGAGGUCUUGUUCCCACACAAGUUUUGAGCUUCCAAUAUCUUUGUUCCUUAGAAGUAACUCACAGUAAAAAGUUGAAGUUUGUAUUUUCAAGGAGCACUAUUGUCCACAACAGCCUUCCCAAACUGACUUCUCUAACCUUAUUUGAUUGUGAGGAAUUAGAGGAAAUAAUUGCAGAAAAUGAGGAACAUCAGAUCAUGUCCAAUAAUGUUCAAGUUGGCUUCCCAGAAUUAAGAUGGGUGGACGUUAAGAGGUGCAAUAAGCUCAAAAGACUCUUCUCUACGUCCGUGGCUACCAUUCUUCCACAACUAUACUCUUUGUUGAUAACUGAGGCUAAUCAAUUAGAGGUGAUUUUUGGACAUAAUAGUGAAGAUGAUACCAACUACGGUGAGAUUGUGCUUUCAAGCUUGCGGAAGAUAGAGCUAACAAAUUUGCCAAAUUUCAUGAAUGUUUGUCAAGGGUUGCAGAUUCAGGCGCAUCUAAGUGACAUAUGGAUACACAACUGCCCCAAACUUGUGGAUUCAAGUUUGGGAAGAAAGUUGAAAUGGCUCUUCCCCUCUCUGCCUUCAGCCCAACAUCUUCUACAGUUGAAAUAUCUGAGGAUUAGCUGGUGCUCUGAACUAAAGGGACUUUUUAAUGGCGAACUUGAAAUCCAUGAUGAGGAAGGCUUCUGCAACAACAUGCUUCCAAUGCUGAGAGAUCUUAAGGUUUGGGAUUGCCCCAACUUCUCCAAAACCACACUUGCUGUUCUUCAAAGAGUCUGCAGCAACAAUACGAAGCGAAAGAUGGUGAUGAUGAUGAUUGAUUAUGUCAUCGGGUUACUAAUUGGAGUGGGAGAAAAAGAAGAAUGCAAUGUCAACGACUCCGAUGAAGUUACUCGGUUGACAAAUGAUAAAACCAUAGUACUGUCUUUCUUGAACACAUCUUAUGAAUACGUUGUGUCAAAGGGUUGUACUUCCAUUGGUCUCACAGAAGAAAAGUGCCUAGUAGAAUCAUCUGAUGGUGCAAGUUCUUCUGCUAAUAAAACUGUGCAUGGAAAUUUCCCUGAAUUAUCAAAGUUUGACUCACUCUCUAUACACCAAGUGCCAACUGCAAUAGGCCCAAGUCUUGAAGUAAUGAACUCCAUAGUAGAAUCUAAAGUUGCAAUUGUAAACACUACCAAUAUUGAGAAGGCAAACCCAUUUGGUAAUUUCCCAUCAGCUGAUUGUCAAGUUGAGGUAGAGAGUAGCAAGCACAAUGCUGGUUUCGUGGAAAUCCCUUCUACUACAUUUGGACAUAAUGCUACAAAGAAUGGUACUGAAAAUAUGUUAAAUCAUCCACUUGGUGGAAAUCUUGAAGCUGAUGAAAUAACACAUCAUUUGCAAGACGCCACAGAGCAAAAUGCAAACAAAUCCAGGAAGAAUAGGCUUGAGUUGAUGAUUUCGAAUUUUAUGUCAUGUUGUUAA